UGAGAAACCCUAGUGAUGGCACAACUUCCGGUUUAAUUUGAAAUGUUGAAACUUGAGUUUUUUAUCUUUAAAUGUCUCUAAAUAUAAUAAAUGGCUUCGAACCCUUACACCGGGAGCCAAUCUGAUGUAGGGGGAAAAUAUAAAGACAGGUUUAAGAAAGUUGACAGACGAAAUGUUCCAGAUACAAUUCCUGAAGAUGCCUCCAUAGGCAGUGUUCCCAAUGGAGGGAGGGGUACACAGACAUUACCACCAACACAAAGAGGUCACACAAGGUUAUCUUCACGAGGUGUGGCACCAUCAUUGGCGUCAGUGAGAACAUUCCGGACACCUUCUAACCUUUCAAAAAUACCUUCUACAUUGACAUUGCAGGAUUCUCACUACACAUGGGACACAGCAAGUGCUAUAGUGGCCCGUGAAACCUUCCAAGCUCCAAAUGACCCAGAGAUUCGCAAAAGACUCCAGGUGCUUAUCGACUACCUUGAAGAAUGUAUGCUCCCAGCUACGUUCAGGGAGCUCAUAAAGAGUUUGAUGUCCAUGCGGGAACUGCCUUAUAACCCCUACCCCUUACUUAUAACAAGGGUGAAACAAGCUAUGGAGGUUUUAAGUCUUCAGGAGAAGAAUGAAGAUCAAAUCUUGCAGCUACUUGAUCACCCCAUUGAGCAUGCUGGUGACAUUGUUCAUCCAGAAGGAGUCCCUGAAAUCUGGGGUCUUGAUUCAAUAGUCAGUGCUGUUGACCCCUAUAGUCUGUUACGCUAUGUGCCAGUUGUUACAAAUUGCCAGCCAAGACCUGAAACACUGAAAGCCCCAGAGCCAUAUUCUGUUGAGGUCCUGGUUGCUCUGGUGGGUGAGGCUGUAUUUGGGGGUAGUUUAUACCCCGACCCAGGUGUUAUCACAGUUCGUAUGGAGUAUAUCAUCACAGGACCUAAAGUGAAACAGGGUGUAGAGUUGUUCAUCGACAACGUGGUCUCAGAUGUUCACUCUGGGCAGCACAUACCCCUGGCCUGUAUCACAUCUAAUGACACCUUUCUGAGUCCUUUCUCGGAGGAAUUCAUCACCUCAAUCAAGGAAACCAUUGUACAGUCAAAGUUUAUUAAAAUAUUGUGCCUGUUACAAGAUGCUGAGCAUCCAGAUUGGCUUAUACCUGGAGAGAAGCAAUACACUUUACACUUUAUACAAGUUACUGAAACAAAGAAAGACAAUGAAGAGUUGCACACGUUUGCCGAAUUUCCACUGGGCACUCUCCAUGAAGGGGUCUUUUUUGUUCAGAGACAAGCAGAGUCCUAUUUGAGAUUAUAUACAAAUUCUAGAGACAGACCCCAUCUGAAGGGUGAUGAAGUUAAAACGACAAAAUGGUGGCAUAGACCAAAUAGAAAUAAGAAGUUGGCUGAAAGACCUAGCCUUGUGGAGACUGAUGGUUUCAAGUUGCAACCAACUCAAGAUAUUACUGGUCCCUAUGCUUGGCAGAUUACAUUACCUCUGAAGUCACACUGGCAAGACAAGUUAGCUUCUUUGGACAUUGAGGUUGACCUUAUUGAUGCUGCCCAUAUGCUACUGCUACAAAUCCUGAUGGAGAAAGAUGGACAUGAAGCCGAACUGUUCCAGGAGUUGGCCAUACUUGUCCAGACUCAAGCGUUUAAACUGCACAGUUUGGCCAAGCAUGCAAAUUUUAUACACAUGCUUACCCUCACAAGUUUUGAGGUGGGCAAUACAGCAUUGAUCUACAAUUUAUUCACAGAGUUUCAACUGAGCGUUCACAAGACAUUUCAAAGCACCUUGCAGAUGCAGAUUUGCCAACUUGAGGUGACGGGGAAAGCUGUAAAGGGAAUACUGGGGACCAUCUCAGAAGCAAGUUUCUCACCUUCUUUUUAUCAAGAGACAGCAGCUACUUUGAAGAAUGUAGAGUGGCAUUUGAGAACCAUUCAGAUGUUACUAGUUGAUUCAAGACUCGAACUUUCUCCUUACAUAGAGAGCUUUGUUGCAAACUUAAAGGGAGUGUUUCCAGACACCUUUAAGAGGGGAAGGGUUAACCUGAGAGAUCCUGGAUUCAACUUCCAGCAGUGUCAACAUGGGGCAGAAAUUGCUCAUAUAAAUAAUCAUUCCAAGCAGUAUAUCAAUGUGAAAUUGAACAGAAAAAGUGAGACUUGGCCGAAAGUUAUAGCCACAGAGGCAGUUCUAGGAAAGUAUAUAGCUGACACACAUGUUGAUGAUGUGUGGAGUAAUUUCUUGAUGGAACUCUUGACUGGGAACUGUUUACCAAGGAACCCAUACCCACUAAUACUUUCUAGGCUCUACGAGGCAUCUAUGAAAAUGGAAAUGCAUCGGGAGAAAGAUGAAAAGUUAGUUUCCCGUUUACUUCAUAGAAACGCUCAACUACAAGACUCAGACAAUUUUAUAUAUUUCAUCCCUGGAGGCUCUGCACAUGGUCACCAGAGUGCCCUUGCAUUACUAGACACAGCCUUCUUCUUUAUAAUACAGUCCAUUGCUAAUUCACUCACCAAUACCUCAUUUGUGCAGAGGAAAGGACCCUUUAAGAUUGGGUUAUGUCAGGCAGUAACAGGAAGUAGUCUGUAUUAUGGGACAGUGGACCCAUAUAUCAAUAUGGUACUUUUAGAUGAACAUGCCUAUAUUAAAGGUCCUCGUGGUUGUACAGUAGAAGCAGUGGAAAUAUAUGCAAGAAUUGUCCUGGAUCAUGUCUUAGAUCUACUAAGUUUGUCGAGUUAUCCCAUAAUUGGUGUGUUUCUGGGUCCAAUUCAGUGGACGGCUGAUCAAAUACGACAAGAGAAAACUGGCUUCUGUUCAGAUUUUACGAGAUCUUGUUUAGCCAAAGAAGGAAUACAUUUAAAGCUGUAUGUGACAAUGGACUGGAGAUAUGUUCCUGUGAAAAAAUGUUUCUUGCUACACUACCUUGACAAUGAUGGAAGAGAAGAUCUUUUCCCCAGCAAUUCCAUAGGACUCUACCAGAAUGUGUUUGCAACUAGGGAGAAGGCAGCUUUUCACUUCCAACAAAGUGGGCCAGGUGGUGACCCUUACAAAGUUAGCAACAUACGUGCUGUAAGCCUAGAGCUUGAUGAAAACAUUAGAUCUGCUGUAGACCAGCAAGACUGGAUCAGAGUCCACAGGCACCUACUCGUCAAAUCUCUCAUUACACAGACUGAGGGCCACAUUCCAGGAGCAUGGAGGAUGAUGAACAGCAUAGCUGGACAAUUAGAGUAUCUGGUUACGCUCAGUCGCACCCUGCUGGAGCUUACCAAGUAUGCCCUUCAAUAUGCUGACAGUGGUUCAACUGUCAUUAACCAGGAUAGCAUGGGCUCUAUAGAUGCAAGGAUUCUAACACAACUUAGCCAAGUGUACUGUUACAAGGUGGUAGAAGUUCUUGAUAAAAACUGCUGCCCCAGUUCUCAUGCCAUGAAUGAAUUUAUAGACUCAAAACUACAAAAAGUCUUUGCUUUAAGAAUGACUGUUGCAGAUCUUGAAGCAGUGAUAGGAGUUCUAGGGAUGCUCCAGAACAUUGUUGCGUAUGACGUACACCAAGGCUGUCCACAGGCAGUCAGUGCCAUCUUUAGUGUCAUGCAUGAAGCACCUUAA